UAUUUUGAAAUCGGUUAAUUUGAUAAAGAUAUGGGAUUUGGGAAUAAUUUUGAAUUUCAACAAAAUUUGAAUCAAGAAAAACAUAUUUCCGGAAAAUCAAUCACGUGAUCUUUCUUUUUCCCCUCGUGUAAAACUAGCAAAAUGAGGGUUCGUGGUGAGUUAAAACAGUACAUGGUGUAUGGGCGCCACACGCCCUCGGCAACAGAAUCCAACCCUCCCAUUUUCAAAAUGAAUAUAUUUGCCAAUGACAAAUGUUCAGCUAAAUCAAGAUUUUGGUAUCAUCUUAGGAGUUUGAAGAAAAUUAAAAAAGCGCAUGGAGAAAUCCUUAUGUGCAAACUUGUUGGUGAGAAGAAACCAACUGUAGUUAAGACCUAUGGUGUCUGGUUACGCUAUGUUUCACGAAGUGGUAUUCACAAUAUGUACAGAGAAUAUCGUGAAUUGACUGCUGCUAAAGCAGUCACAUCAUGUUAUCGUGAUAUGGGUGCUCGUCAUAGAGCUCGUCCCUCCUCUAUUCAGAUCAUCAGAGUUAAACAAGUGGAAGAUGAUAAAGUGAGAAGACCCAACAUUAAACAAUUUAUGAAACCCAAUGUUCGAUUCCCAUUGCCUCACAGAGUGAAUCACAAACUGUAUGUACCAAGAUUCUCUACAAAACGACCACAGACUAAAUUCUAAAUUCGUUUUGUUCUGUAAUAAAGUAUGAUACAUUAUAAAA